AUGCGGUUGGAGCUUUUGAAGAAGUUGAAAGAGAUUGUAUAUCCGGGAAACACUUUUCUUGUUGAGCCGGAGGUGAAGCCCAAAACCCGUCCUCGGGAUCAUAGGAAGAUCAAUGUUUCUACCCGUCGUGACCCGUGUGUAUUUGAGUUGGUGCAAUCUGGACAUGAUUCCUUCUCACCUAGGGACACUCAAAUCACUACAUUAGUUUCUACUCUGGAAACCGAGAAGAAGCGACCUGUUAAGGGAAAGGAGAAGGUGAAUGUGAAAGGGAAUGUAUACAUUACUAGAACAAUGAAACCUGUUGCAUAUGUUGAUGCUUUCCCUUCUGGGUUGAAACCAUACAUUAAGUUUAUCAAGGAUAUAGCUGCAGAUGGGAAUUGUGGUUUCAGGGCUAUAGCUGCUUCAAUUAGUCAUACAGAAGAUGAUUGGGCUCAGGUUAGGCAUGAUCUGUUGGGUGAGCUGCACACACACAAAGAGGAAUACAUCACACUUUAUGGGUCCUAUGAAAGGUUUGAAGAAUUGACAAGCAUAUUGUCAUACUUUGAAGACAGUCCUGGAUACUCACAUUGGAUGACUAUGCCAGACAUGGGGCAUCUUGUUGCAUCGUGCUACAAUCUUGUGUUAUACCACUUGUCAUUACAGCAAUGUCUCACCUUUUUACCUCUUAGAAUAGUGCCAGUACCUCAACUUGAUAGACGUGAGAUUCCCAUUGGGUUUGUCAACGGAAAUCAUUUCGUCCAGGUUUUGUUGCAGCCAGGCCAUCCAGUUCCUUAUAUAGCCACUAAUUGGCGAAAAUACCGUCACCCUUACGCUGUCGACUGGGAUGAUGCAUAUGUGCGUCGCAUUCAACAUUUCAAGGACAUUAUUCAUGAUAAUGUAGCUACUCGAGAGACAUUUGAUGUUGUUGAUGUCGCAUGA